AUGACGGCGGUGGAUGAGUUCUUCGAGUCACUUUCCAAAACAACAGCGGCACUUGACCGAGAUAAGUCAUUCCUCAAUGCAAAACAGUACAGCAACCUCCUGUCUGCCUUUAUCCUCAUUCGGCAUGGUCACACGAGUGCAGGUGCCUCACGAGCUACAUCAAGCAGAUAUAAUCGUGCUCAGCAACAUCUCAGAAAUGCAUUGUCUCUUGGCAACGGCCAUCUAAAGCAUGAUGAUCUAUUCCCCCGACUUGAAACCUGGUUCAAGGACCAUCCAGUGUCAAAGACGCUAGAGUCAUUAGCAUUGCGCCAGAUUGAUCUUGUGCAAAAAGAUAUUGAUGCUGGACAUCUAGGCCCUAAGCGGAAGCAACGGCGAGCACAGAAACCCGUCCGUCAAGAAAAGUCCCGGACUUCACCACAAGAUACUUCGGAUCUAAGCGACACCCUACUAGCGCGACAGAAUCCAGAUCUACGAUCACCACACAGAGAGCUAGAAAGUCCUCAAAAUCCAGGUUCGAAUAUCUAG